AUGAGAUACUUGAUUUUCAUUAUAUUUUUUAUUUCUUCUUUAAAAUGUAAACUGAUAAGAAAAUAUUAUUAUAUAAAUAGGAUUCCUAAUUACAAAAAUGUUACUAGAAAUUUAAGAAGAAAUAAAAAAAUAUAUAAUACAAAUGACCUUUUUGAAUUUUUCACAACCCUAUAUGAUAAGCAAGAAGAAAAAUAUAAAGAAGAAAAAAAAAAAAAAAAUCAUUCUGUUACAUAUAUACAAAAAUUGCCUAAAAAGAAUAUUUUACUAAAAAGAUGGAAAUAUGAUUUAUUUGAGAAAAUUAAAGAAAAGAUGAAAAAAGAUGAAGAAUUAAAGAGAAAAGCAAAAUUGUGCAAAUAUAAAUAUAAAUUGCCUAUUGAUUUUUAUAAAUUAGGUGAUGAAUUAAAAGGGAAGAUUGUUCAUGUAGAAGAUCAAUUAAUUAAGCUAGAUAUUAAUUCAAUACAUUUUGCUCAUUUAUAUAUAAAAAGAUAUUUUAGUGAUAAAUCACAAAUUAAAAAAAAAUAUGAAAUAGGAAAAUAUAUUGAUGUUGUUAUAUGUUAUAUUCAUAAAAAAAACAAAAUUAUACAAGUUACGGAUAAUGAAGAAGAAAUAAAAGUUUUGAAAAAUAAUUUGAAAAAAUUACAUGCCAGUGGCUACCUAAAAGAAAUAGUAAAAGAAGAAACGAAUGAUAAAAUAAAGGAAGAAAUAAAAGAAGAAAAUGAAUAUGAAGCAAAAGAUGAAAAUAGUUGCGAAAUUAAGAACUAUUAUGAAUUAAAAAAUAAAUAUGAAGAAGAUUAUAAAAUAAAAGAUAAAUAUGAAUUAGAAAAUACAUGUGAAGAUGAGGAUGAAGAUAAAGAUGAAGAUGAAAAUAAUUACGAAGAUGGAAAUAAAAGUGAGGAUAAUUAUGAAUAUAAAAUAGAUGAAAAAAAUGAGUUAGAAAAAACUUGCAAAGACAAUUAUAUAUUAAAAAACGUAUAUGAAAGCAAAAAUAAACAAGAAUAUAUAAAAAACAAAAAAGUUAAUGAAACAAAAUAUGAAGACGAAUUAGAAAAUAAAAGUAAAGCUGUGAAAGGAACAACUAAUUUAGAUAAAAGUUUUAAAAAUAAUAUUAAUGUAGAAAAAAUUAAAAAUGAUUUGGGAUUGAAUUUCGGAAUAAAUCAAGAUACAGAAGAUUUAAUGUAUAUAAAAGAAGAAAAAACGGAUGGAGAGUUAAAGAAAAUAACUGAUUAUAAAAUUGAAGAUGAAGUAAAUGGAGUUGUAAAGUUUAUUAAUGAAGAAGGAGCUUAUUUAGAUAUUGGUUGCAAAACUCUUGCAUUUUUAAAUUUAGGGCAUUAUAAUAAAGAUCCUAAUUAUAUUUUUAAGAAUUCUAAAAAAAAAAGGAUAGAAAUUAAUGAUUAUUUUAAAAAUUUGAAAAUUCGAAAAAUUGACGUAUUAAAUAAUAGAAUAGAAGUUAGUCCUUAUAGUAUGCAAGAAGAAGCUUGUCUAAGAAUUUUAAAUCAACAAGAAACGUUACAAGAACAAAAUAAAUAUAUUCCUUGUUCAUCUUUUAUAACUUACAAUUAUCAUAUGAUUAAUUAUAUUAAAAAAUAUAACGAAUUAAAAAAAAAAAAAAAAAAUAUAUAUAACUUAUUUGAAAAAAAUAAACAAUUAGAUGAAAUGAAAAAUAUAAAGAAUUUAAAAGAAAGUGAAUUUACUCCAUUCAUAUUAAAAUAUAAUGAGCUUAGUUCACCUAAUAGUAACUACCAAGAAAUGUUUGAGCAUAAUGCCGAUAAUGAAAAAUUUUUUGAAGAAAUUGGUGCAACUUCUGAAAAAGGAGAUAAUAAUAUUGAUUAUAAAUUCUUUAAAGAAAAAAAUAAGAAACUAAAAGAAGAAAUUGAAAAUUACAGAAAAAAAAGUGUAAUUGAAGAAGAAGAUGAACAAUCAGAAAAGGCAACUAAAAAAAAUAAAUCUCAACAUAAUAUAAACAAUUUAUUUAAAGGAAAUAAUUUUGAUUUUGAUAUGUUAUCUGAAAAGUUUACGAAAUUUGAAGAAAAUAUGGAUCAUGAAAAUGAUAAUUACCAUUUUCAAGAUUUAUAUAAUUCGACAAAUAAUGUUAAUAGUAACAGUUUAGAAGAAGAAAACAAAUAUACUUUAUCAUAUCUUAAGAAAAAUUUAUCUCAAAUAAAAAAGAGUGUUAUUAAUGAACACAGUAAUGAAAUAGGAAAUGAUAAUGGGAAAAAAAAAAAUAAAAUUUAUCGUGAAAUUGAAAAAAAUUUGGAAAUGUUAAAAAAUGAUGAAAUUGAAAACAAUUAUUACAAAAAUAAUAAAAUAAAACAUAAUUUUGAUGAAGAUAAAAAUUGUAAAUUGAAAAAUUUAUAUGCAAAUGAAAGUGAGUUGGAUGAAUCUUAUGAAAAUGAAGAUGAAGAUGAAGAUGAAUAUGAUAAUGAAGAUGAAGAUGAAGAUGAAGAUGAUUAUGAAGAUGAUGAAACAAAAGAUAUUUUUGAUUUGAAGAAAAAUAAUGUAAAAGAAAAUUUUUACAAAAACGAUAAAAAAAAAAAUAAUAUAUUUAAAAAUGAAGAAAUGAAAGAUAAUUUUAGUGAAAUAAAUGAAAAUAAUAUGGACGAAGAUUGUGAAAUAGAUGAAAAUAAGGAAGAUGAAAAUGAUUCCUUUCUAAAUGUAAGAAAAAAUUUGAAAUAUAUUUUAAGUAAAAAUAUAAAUUUAAACUUAAUAGAUGAUGAUGAAAAAUGUAUAGAAGAAGCAUCGAAACUAUUUGGUGAAGAUAUAAAAACAUGGGAAGAAAAAAUGUAUUAUUACUUCGGAAGUAAAGAUAGCAUAACAUUAGAUAAUUUAGAAAUUUAUGAUGAUGAAGAAUUCAAAAAUAGUUUAUCAAACGAAAAUAUAGAUAAAUUUAAUGAAUUUGAUAAAAUCUUAAAUUCUGAAAAUUUUGAUUUAUCUAACCAACAUGAUUUUUUAGGUGCAAAAUAUACUGAUGCAAAAAUGAAUGAAAUAAAUUAUAAUGAAGAAAAAAGUAAUGAAAAUAUUACUAAUAAUAUUGAAUGUAAAAAGGAGAAUGGUGAUGAUACUAAUAUAGAAAAUUAUAUAAAUACGUUUAUAAAUGAUGAAAAAAAUACAAGUGAAAAAUCUGAAUAUGUAGAGGUUUCUAAAAAAGUAACAGACUGCAAUAAAAAAAAAAAAAAAGAUAAACUAGAUAUUUUAAAUAAAAAUACAAAUAAAAAUUUAGUUGAUGAAAAUAAUAUUCUUAAUGGAAAUUUAUAUAAUACAGAGAAAGUAAUAGAAAAGAAAUAUAUGGAAGACUCUAAUGAGAAUAAUAAAAAAAUAUUUAACAAAAAAGAAGAGAGAAUAAGAAAUGAGGAACAUCCGAAUUCUUCAGAUAACAGCAGAAUAAAUGUUGAUAAAAUUUUAAAAAAAGCUAUAAGUAUCGGUAAUAUAAUACAAAAAAAGAAUCUAGAAAAGUUAUUAAAAAAAAGGAAUAAUGCAAAUGAUAACAGUAAUGAUCUCAAUAGUGAAAAAAAUAUUAAUUUUUUAAAAAUGAAUAAAAUUACAAAAAAAAACGAAAAUAAAAAUAUAACAGAACCUAAAGAAGAUAAAAAAUAUCUUGAAAAUUAUGAAGAACAAUAUUUUGAAAAGAAAAAUAAUAAAAGUGAAGAUGAUGAUCUAAAAGCAUAUAAAUAUGCAUCAUAUGAAGUACAAGGAUACUAUAAAAGAAAAAAAAAAAAAAAAAUGAUAAAUUUGGAUGAUUUAGAAGAAAUAAAAUCAGAAAAAGAUGAAAAUAUUUUAUUAAAUGAUGAAGAUUUUAUAAAUAAGCAUUGUAACGAUUAUAAAAAGAAAAAUGAAGAAGGUACAAACAACCUAGAAGAUGAAGAUAACUUUAUAAAUUUAAAUGAUAAAAAAGAUAUUUUUCUUUUAUAUGGAAACCAUGAUAAAAUUAUUGAAAAUAAUUUUAUAGAGAAAAUAUUAGAAAAUGAGAAAGAAUCGAAUAAAAGUAUUAGUAAAGAAAUAGACUUUUUAAUAGAAAGUUACAAACAUGCUAAUAUCUAUCCAAAUAAAUUGAUUAACAACUUUUUAAAAAAACAAACAAACAGUACUGUUGUAAAUAAUAAAAUUACGAAUGUAAAAAAAGUACAAUGUGGAAAUGAUAAUAUGAAUAAAAUAAAUGAUAUGUUUAAUGAAGAAAACAUAAACGAAUUAGGAUUUUAUCUAAAAUCUAAAGAAAAUCAUAAUAGCAUAAACAUAAAAGACAAUAUUAAUUAUGAAUUAAAUUCUAUGUUAAAUCAAAGUUUUCUUUUAAAGGAAUUAUCAUUAAAACUAGGUUUAAUUAAAAAAAGUGAUAUGCAUUUAAAUGAUAAAGAAUUAAUUAGUCUUUUUCUUAAAAAUGUAAAAUUUAAAAGAGCUCUAAAAUUUUAUGGUGUAAGCACAAAAAAUAUAAGCAUUCCCGUUAUUUAUAAAAUUACAAAAUUAUUAUAUUUUGAAAGACCAUUUCCCAGAAAAGAAAAAAAUCAUAAAUUAAAUAUAAAUUAA